GAGGUUAUAUAAAAGAUCAUUAUUAUUUAUAAAUAAUAAGAAAUUGAUAAUGAUGAUAAUGAUGCGGUGGUAUCAACAAUUAUUUAAAUAUGAUAAAUGUUUAAGAUUUUAUAUGCGAUUUAAUAAAAAAAAAUCUGUUAUUCAUUUGUGUUCUUCUAAUGAUACAAUUCACACUAUAUCUUACAUCUACAACAAAUAUAAUUAUGAAAAUGGUAAAAUAGAGACGCAAGAGACAUUAAAGUUAAAUAAAUCGAAAAAGAAUAAAAUAACAGAAUUUGCUAAAAUUGCAAAUAUUCAAUUAAAUCAAAAAACUACAUUUUCUAAAAAAUUAGUAGAUAAUUCUCCAUCUUUAAUACAACCAUACUUAAGACUUAUAAGACUAGAUAAACCAAUAGGGUCUUGGUUAUUAUUUUGGCCUUGUGGUUGGAGUAUAGCUAUGGCAGCAGCACCAGGUGCUCUACCAGAUUUUCAACUUUUAAGUCUUUUUGGAAUAGGGGCAUUCGUUAUGCGUGGAGCAGGAUGUAUUAUAAAUGAUAUGUGGGAUCAAGAUAUUGAUGGAAUGGUAGCCAGAACAAAAGAUAGACCAUUGGUUACUAGAGAAAUUUCACCUCUACAAUCAUUGAUUUUUCUUGGAAGCCAAUUAACUUUGGGAUUGCUUAUAUUGUUGCAAUUAAAUCUUUAUAGUAUUAUAUUGGGAGCAAGUUCACUAGUCUUAGUAAUAAUAUAUCCUGUUAUGAAAAGAAUAACAUAUUGGCCUCAAUUAAUUCUUGGGAUGACUUUUAAUUGGGGUGCACUUUUGGGUUGGUCUGCUGUGCAAGGAUCAUGUAACUGGUCUGUAUGCUUGCCACUUUAUAUUGCUGGAAUUUGUUGGACACUUUUAUAUGAUACUAUAUAUGCACAUCAGGUAAAUUAAAAUUUUUUUUUAUUAUAUUAUAUUUAUUAUUUUGAUUUUAGUAUAGUUAUGAUAACAGGAUUAAUUGCAUCAGGUAUAUUAGCUGCACAGACUUGGCCAUAUUACACAGCAGUAGGAUUAGUUGGUACUCACCUUGUCAAUCAGAUAUAUAGUUUGAAUAUCAAUAAUCCUGCAGAUUGUGCCAAAAAAUUCAUCUCUAAUCACAGGAUAGGAAUGAUCCUUUUUACAGGAAUUAUUUUAGGAAAUCUUAUUAAAGUUUCUAAAAAAGAUAGCAAUAUUGUACAAGAAUCAGAAAAAAAAUCUAUUCUUAUUAAACAAGAAUAACGAUAGUUUCAUUAUAUUAUUAUAAAAAAUUAUUAAAUAUACAUAUUAUAAUUAUGCAUAAGUAAAUUCUAUAUAUUAAACAUAGAACAUGAGAUAAAUAACUGGCUGGUUCCAGUAAAUUAAAGAAUUAGUUUUAAUUA